AUGAAGCUUUUAUGUCUACUGGCGUCAAUUGGUGUUUGCUCUGGUGGCGUUUGCAAUGAGCAUAACUGCAAAUCAUGUUUCAAUGUAGUGGCCGCUUCGCUGAGUGAAGAAAAACCAAAACUCUGGUAUGCUUGUAAACGACUAAUUAAUACGCGCUACUGCUGCUCGUCUUACUUCCAGGGAGAAAACCUGCUCUUUGCGACCUGCGAUUCCCAAGAUGGUUGUAGCUGUCCCAUUGUCGGAGCAAGGAAAGAUAUCAAAGAAGUCUUCUGA